AUGUCCAGCCACGAAAACAACACGAAUGAAACAGUUGACCACUGCAAAGCACCCAAUCAGGUCACAUACGAAGCCCUCUCCUGGUUGAUGAUUGCAGAGUUCGUGCUGGGUCUGCCUCUCAACCUGUCGGUCCUCUACAUCUUCAUCUUCAGGUUCAAGUUCUGGAAGAACAAAAGUAUCUUCCUGUUCAAUAUCGUGGUUGCUGACUUCUUGCUGGUGGCCUGUCUUCCCGCCAAGGCCUACCUCUACCAUCAAGGCCAGAGGCGCAGCACCAACAAAGUGGUGUGCAAGACGAUGCUCUUCAUGCUGUUUCUCAACCGCGGCGCCAGCAUCGCCUUCCUCAUCACCCUCUCCAUCGACCGAUACUUCAACGUGGUGCAUCUCGGGAGGAGGAAUUUAGUCAAAGUGCUAAAGAAAUCUCCCCAAGUCUCCCUCAUCAUCUGGCUCCUCCUGCUGCCCCUCACCAUCCCCACCAUGUUCAAGACCUUCGAGUGCUGCAACAGCCACGGCCGCGAAAUCGAGACCCCUUUUCACGACGUGACGGACACAUUCAGAGAGAUCGUCUACUUCAGCCAAAUCAUCCUCCCCUUCUUCGUCCUCGUCUACUGCACGGUGCGAAUCGUCAACCGGCUGCGGAGGAAGACGGUUGGGGAGAAGACCAAGCUGAGGAGAGCUGUGUGCGUGGUCAUGUCGGUCGUUGUCGUCUUCUCCCUGUGCUUCUUGCCCAGCACUGUAGCCAGAGCGGUGCUGCUGGGCGUCCGGCUUACAAAAGCAGAAGAGUCGGUGGAGGAUGUGGUGGUCCAGGUCUACGACAGCCUCAUGGUUCUGUCUUACAUUGACUGCCUGCUGGACCCGCUGGUAUACUGCUUCUGUAACUCAGGGUUUAAAGAUGCCUACAUAUCCACAUUCUGUCCAAGGUUUCUCAGAGAAAGACUGCUAAAAACUGACUUUGGCUUGGGAACAACAACAACAAUAACAACCACAACUUCUGGAAAUAGAGACAUUUCUUUGCCGAUAUUAGCGAAAUGA